AUGCGAUCCAAGUUUCUCAUCGCUGGUUUGGUUGUCUCUGCCAUUGGUUUCUUUCUCUUGUACGACGAGCAGAAUUUAGAAUACAUCAUGGAUGUUAUGGAGAGUGGGCAAAGUUUGUGGAGCGAAAGCGUUGCACCGAAUGUAGUCGCAUCCUCCCAACCAGCUGUAACCAAACCUGGCAACGUCAAUCUUAAGCUUUCCCGUGUACAGAACAAUAUCAGCAAGUCUCAAGCCUUUCAUAGCAUCAGUCACCAGAUGUCGAGGCAUAUGGCAUCGAACACUAGCAGAUCAGAACAGAAUAUCACGAUCGACACCAUUACUCGUUCCCUUCUGCACCCAAUCAACUCCUCGUUACCUCCCUCUUCAAUCGUCAAGCUGGGCAGCAAGCUCGAGCGUUUGACCAUCAGAUCAGAACUGAGCCGACAGCCUUCCCGCAAUUUCACAGAGGCUCGCAAUGACACAAGGAACACCAGCUCAGUUUCCCUAGGUGUUCUACAACGUCUGCCUGUACCUCCGUUCCAGCAGUCGCUCCCGAAAAAGAAAGCAUGGAGCUGGCAGAGAAACUUUAUGAACAUGUUUACGACGACAAACAAGGAGGUCGCUGCGGUAGAUCCUGGACUGAUGGAGAUUCACUUUGAUGGGAGGUUAGGAAACUGGAUCAUCAUUUACAUGCAUGCGAGGAUCAUUGGGAGCUACCUCAAUCGGUCCCUUGUUGCUGACAAGUUGGAUGCGGUCAAUACAUUGCGUGAGUACUCGGAUGCUGACGUCCAGUUCCUCGAGCAGGACAAGAAUCGGGACAACGUGUUGGUAGCCGAUGAGUUCUGCGGUGAUAUCUACCAGCAGCACUACCUCACUUUCCAACCCUUCAGACAGGAUUUCCUGCGGAUCUUUGACAACCGUUGGGUGAAGAAGUUCCAGAAAGAGUUGGGCAAGUCAGACGUUGUCAUACACUACCGGGGUGCAAGCAAAGAAUUGUGUGAAGGCAAGUAUGGUUGCGUCCAUCAAGACCUCCCAUCUCAGUAUUACGACAUCAUCCUUAAUUCCUUGAAGCGGCAAAAUGUAGCUGGCAGGAUCUUUGUCAUUUGCCCCCCGCAGAACAAGAACGAUUUUAUAGUUCAAAAGCUCGUCAAGCAGCACAGUGUGUUGGUGAGGAGUGAAUCCCCAAUGAGAGACCAUUGCCUGGCAAGGGCGGCAAGGAUCUUCAUCGGGGACAUCGGGACUUUCUCGUGGACAAUCGCCUUCUUGUCCGAGGGAGACCAGUUCCACCUGCCAUACUUCUCCUCCAUCGACCAGGGCAGCACCUGGCUGGACCUGGCAGAGCUGUUCGUGCACGACGACCCGAGGUACUUGUACCAUGACAUCGACGAGCGCAAGGCGACGGUGCGGGCGUCUUUUGAAACUUCCAAGAUGGUGAUGGAGAGGAACACGAACUUCGCUGGGAGAGUGAGGAAAAGAGAGUAUAUGUGCAGGCAAUACGUAGAUGAGGUGCUCGGAAGGAGCCGCCCGGCCACUGGGCCGGAGAAGCUCGGAAGCUACUCAAACACACUAAGUUAA